AUGGAGAGGAUGGGUAAGGAGAAGAAGAAAGAUGAAAAGGAGAAGCGGAAGCAGAAGUGGAAGCGGAGGGAGGAUGAGAUAGGGAUGGUAGAGCAGGGGAAGAACGAGAAUAAACAAGAAAAAGAAAACGUGGAGAAGGGCAAUGCAGGAGGAAUUCUGACUAACAAAAUUUUCUCAGAGCUCUACAUAUCCGAGUUCACUGCCAAGGCCAUCAGAGACAUGAACUACACCCACCUCACCGAGACACAAAAUGUUGCCAAGGAAUUAAUGAAGUAUCACUCACAAACUCUUGGAUAUGUAAUUGGUGGCACUAACAUAAGAAAUGAGGCCAACCAGCUUGUGAAAGGGAUCAAUCUGUUAGUUGCAACACCAGGCAGGCUUUUGGACCAUCUGCGAAGUACCAGUGGUUUCAACUAUAAAAGGCUCUACAGGGAUGGAAUUGAUUGUGCUGUUCACUCAUACCUUGGCAAAUGGAAUAUUUUGCCAACUGUGCUGGACUGCCCCAUGGGCAAGUCCAGGUUCACUGGCUCAUGUGCCAUGGGUCCUGUUGUAGAUUUUGCGAAUUUUACAUUUGGACAGAAUAAAGAAAGACAAAGGAAACUUGUUUAUGUUGGAGUUGAUGAUUCUAAAUUGAAGGACUAUAUUGUGCAAUAUGAUCCUCCAGAUGACCCAAAGGAUUACAUUCAUAGGGUUGGUCGUACUGCCCGAGGUGAUGAAGGCAAAGGAAGUGCAUUAUUGUUCUUACUGCCGGAAGAAUUGAAGUUGCUUAUUGACCUGCAGGCAGCCAAUAUUUCUCUGACUCAAUAUGUGUUCAGUGAGAAGCAUGUGCCUAAAUCGCAAUCACAACUUGAGAACAUUGUUGGUGGGAAUUACUUCCUAAAUCAGUCAGCAAAGGAAGCCUAUAGGUCCUACCUUUUGGCAUACAACUCACACUCUAUGAAAGACAUUUUUUAUGUCCAUCAACUUGAUCUCACGAAAGUUGCGGCAUCUUUCUGUUUUAAGAACCCUCCUAAAGUGAAUCUGGACCUGGAGAGCAGUGCAUCUAAACACCGAAAGAUGAUGAAAGUUGACAGUGGAAACAAGCAUGCGGUUGGCCAUUCAAACCCUUAUGGAAGGAGAGGCGGAUCUGAUUCCAGGCAGGUUGCAAGAUUUUAG